AUGGAAAACGAAGACAUUAACCUAGCUGAGAUGCGUCCAAAGAAGCGUGCGGGACGCAGGAUUUUCAAGGAGACACGUCAUCCGAUCUACAGAGGCGUGCGUCGGAGAAACGGCGACAAAUGGGUCUGCGAAGUCCGAGAACCGGUACACCAGCGCCGAAUCUGGCUCGGCACUUAUCCCACGGCGGAGAUGGCGGCGCGUGCUCACGACGUAGCCGUGCUUGCUCUGCGCGGGAGAUCCGCGUGCUUGAAUUUCUCCGACUCCGCCUGGCGUUUACCGACGCCGGAGUCCACCGACGCGGACACGAUCAGGCGCACGGCGGCGGAAGCAGCGGAGAGUUUCAGGCCGCCGGAGUUUAGCACCGGAAUUACGGUUUUACCCUCGUCCAGUGAUGGUGGCGGCGAGGAACUUGCCACUUCGGAGGAAGGAGUGGGAAUCGCCGGAAUGAUGAUGAGGCUUGCGGAGGAGCCGUUGAUGUCGCCGCCGAGAUCGUAUAGUGAUAUGAAUACGAGUCUAUACGUUGAAGAAGAAAUGUGCUACGAAGAGUUGUCACUGUGGAGUUACUAA